AUGCCUCCCACCGGAUCGGACCCUCCUGUUGGUGCGGUCGUUGAGGUUCCCGCCGGUCGAGGGACAGUUCGAUUUUGCGGUGCCACUGCGUUUGCUGCUGGGAAAUGGGUUGGAAUCGAGCUUGCAGCUCCGAACGGCAAGAACGACGGCGCCGUUCAAGGCACCAAGUACUUCACCUGCAAGCCCAACUAUGGAGUGUUUGUCCGCCCGAGCCAGGUCAAGGUUAUCUCGGCCACUCCAGAGCCACCCGCGGUCGCGCGCGUGGUCGGGCACCAACGUACGGGCAGCCUGUCGCGUUCUCCCUCCCUACGCUCUGGCGUACCGCAGUCCCCCCGGUCUUCAAGUCCUGCGAAGCCAGGAUUGGGCUCAGCACAUGGCGCGCCGCUACAGUCGCCAGGUCGUCCGACCGCGCCCCCUUCAGCACGGCUGGGGUCGCCCUCGAAACGGCAGUCCCUCGCGCUUUCAGCGAGAUCGCUCGUGCGUACCACUUCCACCGGUUCUGAGGCUCCUAGCCCCACGACAAGAAGCCCACGCCUUCCUGAAUCCUCCACCCUCACCCUCGAACCUGCACCAAGGAUAUUCUCCAAAGGCCACACUCCCCCUCAGCAGUCCUCUCCGCAACCUCCACUGCCCUCUUCCCUACGACGCGUCUCCUCUCCCGCACAAGACUCUGAACCGGAGUCUGAGUCGCUUCUGUCGGAGCCUCCUCCAAUAGCGGCGCUCCACCCAGAAUCAAGACCGGCCACACCCGUCCGAGUGGUAGAUGAUACCGAGCUGCAAGAGCUACGGGCCAAGAUUCGGGUGCUUGAAGCCAAGCGUGCGGAUGACGCUCGGCAUGUCCGUGAACUCGAGAGCCGACUAUCGGAAGCGGAGUCCUUCGUCGCGCUGCGACCGAAGCUUCAGGCGAAGCUGAACCAGCAGCAAACGGAGCUCAUCGCGACCAGGCGAGAACUUGCGGAUGCUCAACAGCUCGCUCAGUUGGCAGAGAGCCGGAUCGUGGACACACAAGAGCAGUUGGAGAUGGCGAUGUUGGACAAGGAGAUGGCGGAGGAGAGAGCAGAGACUGCAGAGGCAGACUUGGAAGAGGCUCUAGAGAAGGCAGCGAUUCUCGACGUCGAGUUGCAGCACUUGAAGGAGGGCGGAGGCAACGACGAGGCAGGCGAAAGCAACAUCAAGUCAUCACUUGCAUACCUCCAACUCGAGAAGCAGAACGAGCGGUUGAAGGAGGCGUUGAUUAGGUUACGAGAUAUCACUCAAGACACGGAACAUGAGCAACGCCGGAGAAUUGCAGAGAUGGAGAAGGAUGUGACUGGCCUCGACGAUCUCCAGGCUCAAUACGAGUCUUCGCUCAUCAAGCUGUCCAACGCGGAGGUCCAGAUUGAAGAUCUGAAGGCUCAGCUGGACGAUGCCUUGGGUGCCGAGGAUCUUCUCGUGCAGCUUACAGAGCGCAACCUCAUGCUUGGAGAGAAAAUCGAAGAGAUGCGUAUCACCAUCGAGGAUCUCGAAGCUCUCAAAGAGCUGAAUGACGAGCUCGAGGAGAACCACGUGGAGACUGAGAAAGCUAUGCAAGAAGAGAUCGACGCAAAGGAGAUGCAAGUUCACGAACAGUCCCGCAAGAUUCAGAGCCUCGAGGAAUCAUGCCAGGAUUUGGAAGGCACGAUUGUUCAGUUCCGGGAACUUGUUUUGUCAUUGCAAACGGAACUCGAUAAUCUCCGGACGGAGACACAGACUGCACAACACGAGUCUGCUACAGCUGCCUCACAGACGGCUGCGAUGAUGUCGCUGAACCUCAAGCUACAGUCGUCGGCGUCGAAGAACCAGGCGCGGCAUAUUGACCUCGAAGUCAAGAAGAUCGAGGCGCGCGAGGCGCGGGAGUUCCUCACCAUCGUCCAGCCAUAUCUCCCCCAAGUCUACGUCGAGUCGGACAUGGACGCUACGAACUGCUACUUGUUCUUCCAGCGGUUGGCGGCGAAACUCGAUCUGAUCAACGCCGUCGUUGCGCAAGCGCACAACCUUCCCGAGGCCUUGAACGGUCCUGUUUCGGACGUAUUGGUCGGCAUUUGCGAGAUGCGAGGCCGUCUUUCACAGCUGUCCACGACCUGCAAGCGCUUUGCGGCUGUCCUGCGCAAAUGUGACGUGGAGAACUUCCUUAACAUCGGCCGAGUAUAUGCGGAUGUCGGACCAAUGGAGAAGCGUAUUGACAUGCACAUCAACCUCCUUCGCCGCGAGGAGUUCAGAGAACUGGAGUGUGUUAGCGACGCUGUCAAAAUACAGUCGCAGUUCGACCAUCUCUCGGAGACGUACUUCUCCGGCUUUGACUACGAUCUCGGCGAACGCGAGCUUGGUUACGCGCUUUCAUUCGAUCAUGACUUGGAGAUGUUUGCAGCCUCAGUCGGUCUCAUCAAGACGUCAGUGGCAGCCGUCAUCAAGGACGACGAUGUUGAGGUCGACCUGGGAGAUGUCGAUCCCGAGGCUGACUUCUUCGAGCCUCUUCAGAAGCUCCUCGACCAGUGCAGAAGCGCCAAAGUACUGUCGAAGAAACUCACGAAGCGCGUGGAGGACUUGACGCAAGACUCAAUGGCACUGAAGGCUCAUCUUGUUCCUCAACUCCAGGCGCUCAACAACACGGUCCCAGAGCUCGUCAACUUCGGUUUUUCGCUGGCUCAACGCGUCAUGCCCAACAUCAGCGACGUUCGCGCCGCCAAGUCCGCGUUCCAGCUUUCCACCGUCCUUCAGUUCGUGAAGGAGGGUGCCGAGGGGACUGUUGGUAAGGGCACGAAGGAAGGCGCGACUCCUUGGGACGCUGUCGGGGAAUUCUUGGGACAUGUCAUCUCGGAGUGUGGCAGGAUCGUGCCCUUGUCUCUCGAAGCUGAGAACACCCAGAAGAUCUUGGGUACCGCUCCCUGGGUUCUGCGCAUCGACGAGAUCAAGGCCGCGACUGCUGUCAACGUCGAGGCCGAGCGCAAGGUCGCCCAGCUCGGCGACGAGGUCCAGGCGCUUGCACGCACCCUCAGGCUCAAGGACCAGACGAUCCAGGAGACUGGCGUUAAGGUCGAGCUCAUGGAGCGCCGAAUGGAGACCGUCAAGAAACAGGCGGACGCAAUCACUGACCUCGAGAACGAGCUCUCGAAGGCGCGCAAGCAGGAGCGCGCAUACGAAGAGGCGAUGGAGCAGCUGCAAGCCGACCUCGACGCGCUCGAGCAAGACAACGCGAAGCUCAAGACACUGGCGGCGAACCCUGAGCGUCAAGCGUCGACCACGCAAGUCGUUGAGCAGGAGGCGGUACCAACCGAGGGCAACUUGGAGACAUCGUACCUGCUCGAACAGAUCGACGCGCUUCGCGGCACUGUCCGUUUCCUGCGGAACGAGAACUCGUUCAUCAAGGGCCAGGACCUCCUCAAAGAGAUCGAAGCUCUGCCCGAACUCCUCGGCCCCCUGCCCCGCCCACCCACACCCGAGCUCCUCCCGUCGGCGCUUUCCGACUCGGACUCGGAAUCGGACGACGAGCCGCGACCGGCGCCCACGUUGCGCUCGCUCGCGGUCGAGUCGAAGCUGCUGUACCGCGAGGUGAUCAAGUACACGGCCUCGCCGCGCCUCGUCGACCUCUCCGUGCUCAAGGCGCGCCGCGCGGACGGGCAGGCGACGACCAAGGCGUGGCUCCCGCGGAAGAAGACGCCCGCGUACCAGCUCUACGAGCGCAAGCAGCAGGGCGAGCGGCUCGGGCGGCGCCUCAAGGGCCUGCUCGAGAUGACGAACCACAUCGCCGCGGACACGGAGUGA